AUGAACGAAGUACGAAAGCUAAACUGCAAGAACGAGCACUACAAGGAUUUUUUAUCUGACGAAAAUUUUUCAGAUUUUCCUCAACCACAGCUGAUUGUCGAGGCUUUUUCUAUUUUCUUAUGGCGAAAUGGCUCAUUCUAUAACGAUAGGAUGUCGAUGAAAUCGAAAUAUGAAAGUGAUAGUGAAAAGGUCCUUCCAAUCCAAAUUAACGCAGCUUUGGCUCUACUUAUCGAAACUGGAGGCGGAUUCGUUACUUCAUUGAAACCGGAAACGCAAAGUGAAGUUGAAUCUUCGGCAUCGGGAUUCGUUGUCGGCAAUCUUAGUAAACUCGUCGGAACCAAUGUAGUGACGCAAAGUCGACUGGCAGAAACCCUGGCGAACCUCCACGCCUCUUUGAAUUUUGUUAAGAGUCGCUUUAUGUUUCGCAAAACGUGA